AUGGUGCAGAAAUCCCGCAACGGAGGCGUCUACCCGGGCCCCGCCGCGGAGAAGAAGCUCAAGGUGGGCUUCGUGGGGCUGGACCCGGGCGCCCCGGACUCCAGCCGGGACGGAGCGCUGCUCAUCGCCGGCUCCGAGAGCUCCAAGCGGGGCAGCAUCCUCAGCAAGCCCCGCUCCGGGGUCUCGGGCAGCGGGAAGCCCCCCAAAAGGAAUGCUUUUUACCGCAAGCUGCAGAAUUUCCUCUACAAUGUGCUGGAGAGACCGCGGGGAUGGGCUUUCAUUUACCACGCAUACGUUUUUCUACUAGUUUUCUCCUGCCUGGUGCUGUCUGUCUUUUCGACCAUUGAUGAGUACCAGAACAGCUCAGAAGGGGCCCUUUAUAUCCUGGAAAUCGUCACCAUCGUGGUGUUUGGGGUGGAAUACUUUGUGAGGAUCUGGGCGGCCGGCUGCUGCUGCCGAUACCGGGGCUGGAGGGGAAGGUUAAAAUUUGCCCGCAAGCCUUUCUGCGUCAUCGACAUCAUGGUGCUGAUCGCAUCCAUCGCCGUGCUGGCAGCGGGGUCCCAAGGGAAUGUCUUUGCCACCUCAGCACUCAGGAGUUUGAGGUUCCUGCAGAUCCUGCGCAUGAUCCGCAUGGACCGGCGGGGCGGCACCUGGAAGCUCCUGGGCUCUGUGGUCUACGCACACAGCAAGGAGCUGAUUACUGCGUGGUAUAUUGGCUUCCUGUGCCUCAUUCUGGCCUCUUUCCUGGUAUACUUGGCCGAGAAAGGAGAAAAUGAGCACUUUGAUACAUACGCAGAUGCACUUUGGUGGGGUCUGAUCACUCUCACCACCAUCGGCUACGGGGACAAGUACCCGCAGACCUGGAACGGGCGGCUGCUGGCGGCGACCUUCACACUCAUCGGCGUCUCCUUCUUCGCCCUUCCUGCCGGCAUCUUGGGUUCGGGGUUUGCUCUGAAGGUUCAAGAGCAGCAUCGACAAAAACACUUUGAGAAGAGGCGAAACCCAGCAGCGGGCCUGAUCCAGGCGGCUUGGAGAUUUUAUGCCACCAACCUGUCCCGGACGGACCUGCACUCCACCUGGCAGUACUACGAGCGCACCGUCACCGUCCCCAUGUACAGCACGCAAACGCAAACGUAUGGUGCCUCCAGACUAAUCCCUCCUCUGAACCAGCUGGAGCUCCUGAGGAACCUGAAGAGCAAGUCGGGACUGACAUUCAGGAAAGAGCAGCAGCCCGAACCAUCGCCAAGUCAGAAGGUCAGUUUGAAAGAUCGUGUCUUCUCCAGUCCCCGCGGUGCUGGCACCAAAGGGAAAGGCUCUCCACAGGCUCAGGGCAUGAGGAGGUCCCCCAGUGCUGACCAGAGCAUCGAGGACAGCCCAAGCAAAGUGCCCAAGAGCUGGAGCUUCGGAGACCGCAGCCGAGCCCGGCAAGCUUUCCGCAUCAAGGGAGCGGCGUCGCGGCAGAACUCGGAAGAAGCAAGCCUCCCUGGAGAAGACAUCCCCGAUGAGAACAAAAGCUGCAACUGCGAGUUUGUGACAGAAGAUUUGACACCAGGGCUGAAAGUCAGCAUCAGGGCAGUGUGCAUUAUGAGGUUUCUCGUCUCCAAGCGCAAGUUUAAGGAGAGCCUUCGGCCCUACGACGUGAUGGAUGUCAUCGAGCAGUACUCAGCUGGUCAUCUGGACAUGCUCUCCCGGAUUAAAAACCUUCAGGCCAGGAUAGAUAUGAUUGUGGGUCCCCCACCCCCUUCAACUCCCCGGCAUAAGAAGUAUCCAACCAAAGGACCCAUGUAUUCUUCCAAAGAAUCUCCCCAAUACUCGCCUAGAGUUGACCAGAUCGUUGGGAGAGGAUCCUCCAUGACUGACAAGGAUCGGACCAAAGGGCCAGCAGAGGGGGAGCUGCCUGAAGACCCCAGCAUGAUGGGCAGGCUUGGAAAAGUUGAAAAGCAGGUUCAGUCAAUGGAGAAGAAGCUGGACUUCCUGGUGAACAUUUACAUGCAGCGGAUGGGCAUCCCACCAACAGAGACGGAGGCUUAUUUUGGGUCCAAAGAACCAGACCCAGCACCUCCCUACCACAGCCCCGAAGACAGCAGGGAGCACAUUGACAAGAACGGCUGCAUCAUCAAGAUCAUCAGGUCCACCAGCUCCAUGGGUCAGAAGAACUUCUCCGCCCCACCAGCCCCAACCAACGCAUGCCCGCCCUCCACGUCGUGCCAGCGGCAAAGCCAUGGCUCCUCUCCCGUCGGAGACCCCGGCUCGCUGGUCCGAAUCCCACCUCCGCCCUCCCACGAGCGCUCCCUGUACAGCGGUGGGCACAGGGCGAGCGCAGAGUACCUGAGGAACGAAGACAUUACAACCAAACACCAUGAGAGUGCCAUGAGAGACAGCGACACGUCCAUCUCCAUCCCCUCGGUAGACCACGAGGAACUGGAGCGCUCUUUCAGCGGCUUUAGCAUCUCCCAGUCCAAAGAGAAUUUGGACAUCCUUAACAACGGUUGCUAUGCAGCCGUGGCCAAAAUCAGACCCUACAUUGCAGAAGGGGAGUCAGACACCGAUUCUGACCUCUGCACGCCCUGUGGUCCCCCUCCCAGGUCGGCCACGGGCGAGGGACCCUUCAGUGACAUGGGCUGGUCAGCCCCCCGGCAGUGAAGCCUUCCUGCAGCCGCUGAGCCACGUCCAAGCGCUGGCAGCUGCCCGCUCCAGCUGUCCACAUGCUGAACUUCUCAAGGAGAUCGACAGCUAAGGUUUUCCUCCUCCUAGGACAUCCUUAGCUGGCAGAUACUUUCUUGCAGCUUACUCUGGGUGGGGGAACGAGCAGGUCCGAGCCUGCGGUUGUGGAAGAGGUCACGGUGGUGGGCCAACUGGAGCCGUGAAGUCCAGAUUUCUUUCAUACUCUCUUUCUAAGAUCAUUAGGUGAAAUUAUUUCAUGGCACAGGGUAGGCAGUUUGCAUUUCUUGGGAAUCUUCAGAAGCGCAGGGCAGGAAUAAAUCACCCAGCCAGGGCUUUUGUAGAUCACAGGAACUGGUGGCUGACAAGUGUUAGGUGGGAGUUGCUACGUCAUGGCACCCGUGAUUACACCUUUAGGUGUUUUGGUGUUUGGAAUGAACACAUUAUUUCCGGCUUAGAUUUCAGAUCACGUGUAAUUACAGGGGGUUGGUACUCUGUGGUUCCUCAUUAGCUGUCAGGAAGGUGGCAUAAUUCCAAUAUAAUAUAUGGAAAUGUUGCAUAGAGCCCCUGGAGGAGAGGGAUGGUGGCCAGGAUAUUUGCAUGAGCAAAAGACAUGGCCUUGGAGUGGGAUAGGUUAGGAUACUGCUCUGGACCAGAACAGUUUGGAAACUAUCCCAUCUUAGGAAACUGAAAAACUCAGAACUAUGAUCUUGAGUGCAAGAAGAGGGACAAUCCAGGGGGCAGAGAAAAGAGACAGAAGGAGGACAAGAGACUACAGGGGCUGGAAUUUUCUAUUUUAAACCAUGUAUUAUAUUUAAUUAUCUCUCCUCCUGCUGACAAGGGACCUGGGGGUGCUUUGAAAGCAAAGACAAACCAAAGGCAACCCCUCUGGAAGGCUGCCAUGGUGUGAAGCCAUUCUCAUGGCCAUUGUGGAGGCACAGCCACCAGGCCAGAGGGGGAGGGUGGAUAUGCAGGAUUCUGUGGUCCCCGUGUUGCUGUGAGCUGCUGAGCUCCAUCCUGUGGAAGCCCUGUUGGUCAGAAUGGGCACUUUUCUUACAGUUUGCAUCGUGCCUGAACACUUUUGCACACACUAUGCCUGUGAAAAUCUUCCCUUUCUUCUUCUGCCCUGCCAAAAAACUCACACCCAUGUUCUCGGGACAUCCUUUGGUUUGUUUGGAUCCCUCAAGCUGAGUUAAGGGGUUUUCUUCAUGGUCUUUCAGAAACCUCUUACCCAUGCUUGCCUGCGAGUUGUGCCAAUCCAAGUCUGCCCCGUUUCAUUGUUGUUCAAGUACUUCCUUUUGGAAAGAUCGUUGUGUCAUUACCAGGAACCUCAGUGGUGCAUUCAGCUGGGGGAAGGUGAGGGGAAAAGUGAUGCUCAAAGUUUCUUUUGGGACCAAAACAAAGUCACAAAGUGAUCCUUUCCGUGGAUAAAUUGGUGGGGUUUUUCUGGAAGGGGGUGGAUCAGGAGAGGUUGUUUUUGGGAUCCAUCUCCAGGGCUGGGACACCCUGGCUGGCAUUGUGCCUCUGAACCCUCCUGUGCUUUCACAGCCCAAAUCCCACACGUGUUUCCUGCUGGGGCUGUGUCUGUGAUUUCAAACCCUGUCUUGCCACAUUUUCCCUGUGUCUUAUCAAGAGCCUGUUAAGGACAUUUAGGUGAGAAUUUCAUUUCUGUGUGGCCUUUCAGAGGUUGAACAUCGGCUUGCUCGGGUCAAAGGGAGACUCACAGCCUGUUUCUCUCCACCUGUUUGCUUGACCAGGCACAGUAACCAGGAGAGAGCCAGGAUGAUUUCAGCCUUAGGGAAGAUGUGGGUGCAGUCUGAAUGCUUGCAGACAGGAAAUAAAGCUGUUCUUUUGCUAGUGCCCAGGACCAACACACAGGUCUUCACAUGAACUGAGGAAAGGGAAUAAAGGCUCUGCGCAAUUUUUCCUGCCAUUUUUCACCAUUCAGGAGGGGAAAACAUUUUUCUUAGGGGGACCCUGGGCUUCCAGCCAUGCUGCUUCCUUUCUUUACCAUUUGAGCCAUAUUUUGGUUAACUUCUGCAAUUUUUCCCUCUCUGUUUGUGCUCCAGAACUCUUUUUGGCUCCAGAUUUCUUUGUGCAGAGUGAAAGCAGCGAUGCCCUUGACUUCCACACGCAGGCAACUUUAAAUGCCAAAUGGCUGUAAAUUGUGCAGAUUUGCCUGUGGCAUGUUCCAAAAUGAGAUGCCUUCUGGUAAAGCAAGAAGUGUCAGCAGGUCCUAAAUCAGACUUGGUGGCCUGUGUUUUCUACUGCCCACAAGAAUAGAAAUUGCAUUAGGUGAGGCAAAAAUCAACAUUGCUCCAGCCAGCUGCUCACUGCAAAUUUUGUCCAAGUCAGAGAUAACAAAGAUUUAUUGUCUUAUUUGUUUGCAAUUACCUUUCAAGGCCUGCUGGAAAUUUGUCACAGAAGGGUAUGAUAUAAAGGCAAGAAUGCCAGAUGAGGCUGAGGAUGAUGUCAUGCAGUCCUGUUGCAGCACAGGUACACGACUGGUCUUUUUUCAUAGAGUCACAGAAUCAUAGAUUCAUAGAGCCAUAGAAUGGUUUGGGUUGGAAGGGACUUUAAAGCUCAUCUUCAGGGCCUGCAUAGGAAGAAUUGAGUUUACCCUCUUCAGCUUACUGGAGUCUAUAAAACACAUCUUUUAACGUGUAUCUUUAAAAGUUGUUGGAUUUGUUCCGUAAUCACUAAUUGCAGAAAACUGGUUUUAUACAUAUGCAACACAGAUCAUAUCUGGCUGCAACAUAUUUCACACAGAAUUUUUUUUGAAAGGUGUGAGAUUUAUUCCACGUUUUUCUGUGGCUUCAUAUCAAAGAAAUUCUGACACACACCUCCAUCCACAAGCAUGCCAUAAAUCAUCACUUCUCAUUCACCCAGACCUGGAUUUGGGGGUUAACUUAUACCAGAAUUAGCUCCAAAUAAUGCUCCUUAUUUCCCUGAAAUGAUUUAAGCCUGCAGAAACAAUGACAUUGCCUGCUUGUUGCUUACUGACAUAAAUAAUUUAAUUCCUGCCCUAAAUUGUAGUCCACUACUCCCUGCAAAGUCUUCACCUUCAGCCAUUGAGCUCCCCCAUGCCUGUAUCACUCACUCCUGGUGAUAAUCUCCCACAAGAAAUCUUAACUACUAGAUUAAAAGAAACUAAAUCAGUUUUGCUAAUAAAGCAAUCCCAAUUUUAAAGGUCCCAGCAGGCUUUAAGAGGAUGGACAAGCAAACUUUGUCCCACUGCUGAGCCUCUCUUGGGGUGGUCUUUGCUCCCCUCUCCCUCCCAAGUCUUGUUGCAUGUUUUUUGGAGGACAGAAACAAGUUUUAGGCAAUGCCAAGUGUGGACAGAGGAGUCCAAAGAGAGCUGAAGAAGAAGUGAAAGCCAAAUUUCCAGCAGGCCAUCCAUCUUGAACUGCUCCAGGGAUGCCCAUGUCCCUGUGUGGUUCUGUGCCCAGAACCUGUGCUGAAUGUGAAGCCAUGACCUUGGAUCAGAUCUCCAAGAAGGUUUUGAGUGGGCUUUUUUUUUUUUUUCCAGAAUCUGGGUCUAGGUCUAGGGAGAAAUACUGCAGUUGACUCCCCCCUGUGGGAUGGAGCAAUGUCUGGGACUGGGACCUGAACCCACAGUCAGUUUUUGGGUGCCUCAGGUACAAGUGUGAGUUCAGGUGGUCUGAGGAGUUCAUGUCUCUGACCAGGCGACGUGUCUGGAGAUGUUGCAAGGUGGCCUUUCAUAAUGUGACCCCAAACAUAGGAACAGAGCACUAGCCAUAAGUCAGAUUUCCCAAUAUUUGGGAAGGGACUUUAAUGUUACUCAAGUGCAGAUUUUGUAUGUGAAUUUCCUUGUUGAAUCAUUUUCUUAAUAAUACUUUUUAAAGCUAAAACUGUCAAGGAGCUCACCGAAAACAAACCUCUUGUCCAGCUCAGAAAGCCAUUAUAUUUCUUUAGGCAGACUCUGUGAUAGAUCAGAUUUUCUAAAAAUGUGUUUUAUUUCAAAUGCUACUUAAUAGAUCCAAAUAAAUUCUGCAGGGUCAUUACUAUUUACAGAUAAAUAGGUAUAUUUUUACAUUUUUAAUUGAUUUUUAAAAUUUUAAAUUAUGUGAAUUUUUAGAACAAGUUUAUAUUAUCUACCUGAGAAGCCAGAGCAUCACCUCAGAUACAAAUGCUCCCCUUCCAACCAGUUACCCAAGAGAAAAGAACACCUUCACUCAUACUUUUUCCUAGAGAGAAUUACUGGAAACCUCAUUUCCCUGAUAUCCUCAGACUACUUUGGUCACAGCAACAUUAUUGCUAAAACUAAAAUGUAAAAAUUAAAAAAGAAACUGAAAUUCCUAAGGACUUUACCCAAAUGUUGUCCCAUAUGAAGACCCUUAGCAGUGAGUAUUUUUUUGGGAAAUGUUAAAAAGCCCAGGAGCAGGAUAAGGAUUUCUGUUUCUCCCUCAUAUGAACCCUCAGGCUGAGAGUGAAGCCCUGAGCCUCCAACCUUUCCUUCCCAGCACAGCCCUCCGACUGUAGCUGUGCUCCUGCAUCCUCUCCCAUCCCCUCUCUCCAUCACAGGUCGGCAUCUUCUGUUUUCAUCAGCAUCCUUUUCCUGAACCAGAAACAAGGAAAUCAGAUACAAAAGCUCCUUCACCUGCAGGUAACAUUGAGGCUGCAGAGGGCCGUGGUGGAGGGCUGAGGGCAGCAGCCCCUCCGAGCUUCACGGGGUCACUGCUGCUCAGAGGUGUAAAAGCAAACUCUUGCUUUUAGCACACAAAACACCCCGACUUUUCUGCCUCACAGAGCAAAAUCUGCUUCGAGCAGGGGUGUGGGCUCAUUGGUUUUUUUUAACAAUAACAAUAGGGUGGGUUUUUAAUAAUAAGGAUAAUAAUACUGCAUAGGAAUCUUCUUUAGUAUAUCUUAGUGUUUGAUGCCCCAGUGACACAAUACUGCUUGCCUUAUAUUAGUGUCUAGAGGGAGAGGGAUUACACACCUUUUGAUACACUAUUAAUCACGCUUCUAAUUUAGGUAGCAGCGGGGUCCUUUUUAACCUAUGAAUGUGCUUUCUGGACUAUCUCACUGACUGUACUCUCAAUUUUGCCUGCUACUGCAUGCAGCCUGAGAUGAGUAGACAGCAGUAUGCUCCAGCUGUAUCUGCACUCCCAGAUUGCUGUAGUACCUGACAAGGUAACGUUGCCAAAAGCAUCAUUUUGGGGAGAGCCUGUCCCCACAGUGACCAUCUCAUACGGUGCUGCGGUGCUUCUGUAGGUAACACUGAUAUACCAAGUGUUUUUCAUGCUGCAACCGGUCUUCACCCCAUCCCUCUGAUACAGCAUGCACAGACUCCACCUCUGCUUGUAACUACGGGGUAAAAAACCCAUGUUUGUACUUGUGGUUCCUUCAAACGUGCACACGGGGAGGAAAAAAUAUGAAUUGUGUUGGCCGUGUGUAAGAACCUCCUUUCCAUCCAGAUGCCUCUGAAAAAGAGCAUCCCAGAUACCCCUUUCUGAGGGUCCAGAGGAGCAGGCAGUGCCAAGGAUGGAGGACUGGUCUUAAUUUCAGAGAUGCCAUUUGAACCCACAUGUGUGGGACUUGCCAUAUGUCUGUUUUAAUUUCCAUAGGACACUCUCACCUGCACCCUGCUUUGGGGUGCAUGUGCGUUUGUGCCUGCAGCACAGCCCGAGGGGCAGGGGGGUUGUCACUCCAAAACUUUGGAAAUCCCUCUUUGAAAGUUUCAUUCGCCCUUGUCUACAGCCCUUGGUGGUCUUGGGGACCCUGCAGCUGUGCCAUAGCCAUUCCUCAUGGAAGCAUCUCUUACUCUCCUCAUGGAGUGGCACUGAGCUACCUUUUUAUGUCCAUAAAUGUUUUGCCACUGUUUUCCCCACUUUAAUACCAGACUGUCACGAGGCCUUCAGUGUUUGCCCAUCUUGCUCGUGUUUGCAUUCUCUUGUAUCUCUUGGCACUGCUGCCAUGAUCUAGUUUGACCCUGGUCCUAUAUCCUCACCUUCCUUAUCCAUACUAUUUACCAGUGAAGCUGUAAUGCCAGAACUCUGCACUGGGACUUGCUGUUGGCCUGACAUCACUAGAUGCACCAGAGAGCCUUCAUAUUUGGUUAGCAUGACAGUUUUGCUUUUUAUUGGCAUUUUAUUUGCUUCCUUAUUGAGCCACCAUGGCCUCAACACAUCCCUGGUUUGUUCUGCUGGAGCCUUUCCACCCAGGGAUGGAGUCUGUGUUGUCCCUCUGUGCAGUGCCCUGUGAGGGUUUGUCCCCAUGGCUUUUGCUGAUUGCAGUGAAACAAGGAUGAGGGUUCAGUUCAGGUUUUCUUGUCCAGCUGAACAUCUCAGAGAAGAGCUCACAGGCUCUACCACUGUGGAUGCUUUUGCUUCCUGAAGCAGGAGCUGUUUUCAAGACCCCCAUCCCCUUUAGUGACCCAUACAUGUGGCUGUGCAUGGCAGGCUUGAUAAUGGGGAGAACUGGAAAGCAGGUGGUGCAAGCUGUGCUGUUUCCAAAGCUGCCAGUGAACCUGCAAGCAUCUUGCCCUCUCCCAGUUCCUGUAAAUACAACUGCAGAUUAAUUUCUCGAGCAGCAUCUGUUUGCCUAAUGCUGAGAAACUUGAGCUCACUGCAGAGCUUUCCAAAACUCAGUGCCAAGCUCAGGCUGGAUUUCACCUGCAGCUACACUGAUAAUUUUAGGGCAGGGCUAAUGAUUUCAGGUAGAAGCCAUGUCAGAAUCUCCAGUUUAUGUGGUUCUGACCCCAAAACAAGGCUGAAUGUCAUGCUGCCAACAAAGCCUGCCUUGGAAUUUCAGCUCCAUUUGACACUGAUGACUCUGGACCUGGGGAGAUGUUCUCUUCUUCCCUCUCCACACAAGAAAAGGUCAGCACAAGCCUUGCAAGCCACAGUGGGAAAAUGCCUCCUUACUUUGAUAUGCCAUGGGCACUUCCCAUUAAAGCAGAAGCAGCAUUUAUUGGUGAUCCCUUAAACUUGACCAACACAGUGGCCAUGACCCAGUGUUUUCCAUGUGCAGUGAUGCUCAUGAAAAGGGUUUAUCACAGAUGUGGAUAUGGAGGUCUCAGUCCUUUAGCAUCUCUGUGAACACCAUGCUCAGCCUUGCUGAGGACAAGUCAUCGAGGCUGGUGACAGGUCUUUUCAGUCCUGCCUGGUUAUUUGCACUGGUCCAGCAUCUUCCCUGGAGCUGAAGUUAUCCCAUGCUCCUGUCAGCAGGCAGAAUGGAGACCUUUCCGUGUUGGCUACUCUUCCCUCCCCAACAAACCCUAAAAUUUGAAUUUUUUUCACUUUUUCUCAAAAAAUUCACGCACAAUGUAGACUACCUGAGACCUUCAGGAACACCGAGGCAAAACCAGAUAUAGCUGAUAAAUGACAGAGAUUUUGUUAUUUUAAAUCAAGAGCAUGUAAAGCAUAGUGGCAGUUGCUGCGUGGUAUAUCAAAUGCUUUAGGAGAUUAAAUAAAUUAUUCUUAUAAAUGUUUCAUUCUUUUAUCAGUAAUUUGUAUAGGUGGGUGCCGCUGUUCUUACGCAGCAAUGCUCCACACACUAAAACUAUACUCCUGUUUCUCCAAUAUAGACGUUGUAUUUAUGAAAUUUAUCUUGCUUAGUGUCACUUUGGCACAUUAUCCACGUGUGCUGCACACAGAUUGCACAUUACAUGCCAUAUGCUGGUAGGUAUCUCUACAUGUAAUCAGCGUAUGUGCGUUGAACAGACACCAAAGUGUCACCUGCCUGGUUUGUGAUGAGACUCAACAUAACUGGGAAUAGAGGAAAAUGAACACCCUGUUAAGAAAUUUACUGCAUUUGAAUGCUUCUUUAAACAGAUUUUAUCAGGAAGCUAAAAUAAGAGAUUGCCUUUGUAAUGUUAAUUAAAAAAAUAACCGGAACAAAACAAACACACACGGCCCAUAAAUACUUAACAGCUGCUGUAUUCCUAUAUAUUCUUCAUUGCUAUACAUUUGAACUGUAAAUUCUGUACAGAUUGAAUGAAGUUCACAGUUUAUCUUUGUCAUAACCUGCAAGAUAAAAGGACAACACAACUUUGGCUGCAAAAACACGUGCAUGUGGUUUGUGUACAUGCACCUACGUGUUGCUGUAUGUGCACGUGGAUACGAACACGUGCACACACACACGCUUCAAAACAGAUAAAGCUGCAUCUGAGAUGCACAAGGAGGGGGAAAAGUUCAAUUCUGGAGGUGAGAGAGCGGGUAAAACAAAACCAAAAGACUGUUUUAAUAAUGUCUUUCUAUCAAAAAGGAAGAUUUGCAGUGGGAAUUGAUGUGUGACUCCCAUCCCAAGGAGAAAUCUUACUUCUGAAGGCAGCACAGGCCAUGCAGCAGAGCAAUGCAGUUCUUUAAAUGAUAAUUUCUUUGGCUUCCUUUCAAACAAACAAAUAGAAUUCAGUGGCCAGUGCCAACUUCAAGUCCAAAAAGCCCAUUCCUAGGAUAUGUGGCCAAACAGUUGUCCCAUGCCAUCAGAGAGCCAGGGGUGAAGGCUUUACGUGCUGUGACAGAGUGUCCCAAAGCAGCAGUGCUGGCUGAUGGCAAUGCCAUGGUCUCCCACAAACCUGGCUCCUGCCCAGGCAGAGGAUCCCACUGCCUUGUGGGUCUUACCCUUGCCUACAUAUUUUUAAAAAAGUCCCUGGUUAAGAGAUGUUUAAGAAAAGAGUCAUCAAAAGCCCAUCUUUGAUCUUAGAGUUAUGGAAGAAAUGACUAGGUUAUAAUCACAAAAUCUGAUUCUCAAAGCAGAUCAGACUUCAGACUCCAAUUGCCUCUAUUCAGAGAUUUCACCAGCCUCACUAAAUGAAUCAUCCUCUAGGAUUUCAUUUUACCCAUAUUUUCACAGAUAUAAGAGUUAUAUUGGGUACAAGUUACCCUUCAGUGUUUAAUCUAAAUAAACAAAGGCAUGAAAAGCUAACUUUUCCAGUCAAGUACUGCUGAAUGCCAUUGAAAAAAUAGCAGUCAAAUUUUUGCAUUGGCCUGAAAUUCGUCUCUAGGUCCAAAGUUCUCAGCUUUAAGAGCUGCAAAAAAAAAAAAAAAAAAAAAAGUCUUAAAUAGGUUACUAAGCAAGGGGUACAUCCAUUGCUGGAGUAUGUUGCCGUUUCCCUGAGAUACCUGGACGUUAUCCUGGUUUAUAACAGCAUCUGACUCAUUUGGCCUUAACUGGGCUAAAAAUGGUUCAUGCAUUUGUCCUGACAGUGAGAGCUGAGAGGUGGCUUUCACACUGGGACGAGGGUGGGUGCUGCACACCUUCACCUCCCGCUCCUAAAACUCUGGGGCUCGGCUGAGCGCGGAAGUUUGGUUGUCCUUCAGAAAGCAAAGACAGCUGCUGCUUUGCUUCCUUUCAUUUGCUCUGUUGCCUUGGCUUUCUUGCACUUUCGUUUCAUCUCCAAAGAAUCUCUCAUAAUGCCUUUGGUACUUAUGUACAAUUUUAAAACAUUUUGUAUGUAUGGAAUGGUACACACUUUCUCUUGUAAAAUAGCAAUCGGGCUUUCCUUUUUUCUCUUUCUUUUUUAUUCUUUCUUUUUUUUCUUUUUUUUUUUUUUCUGGUGAAUGUGUAAUUUCCUCUGUACAUUUUCAAUCAUGACUUCGUGCAAUGUACAUUUUAUAGGGUCAGGUGCCAAGGGAAUGACCUGUAGUCUCCUAAGGGACUCAGCUGGAAGCUGAGUGACACAGUCACAGACGGUUUUACAAAAGCACUGCGGGAGAGCGACGUAGCCCAGACUUUUACACUGAAGCACUGAGUGUGAUUCAGAGUGUACCUUCACAUGAAAGACUGUGGCAGCUGCAAAACUCUACAUGUGUGAUGUGAAAAACAGCAGCGACAGUUGCAAUCGGAAGGGAAACGGAGGGAAAUUAAAUAAUCACAGUCAUUAAUUUAAGCCUCGAAGCAUCAGAAUGGAAAAUUUGCAUUCAGUAAAAAUACCAGAGAUUUAACCUUCAUGAGAUGAAAUACACAUUUAUUUUUCUUUGCACUUC